CUUGGAUCCAUUUUCUUUGUUCUCUCUCUCUCUCUAGAAAGUAAAACCCUUAAACUGAAAUCUUCCGUUCAAUAGUGAUUCUCUUGGUUUUGAAUUUUGAUAAGUUUGGUUCAAUUAUUGAGUGGGGAAUCUUUUUUUUUCUUCUUUUUUUGGCAAGUAGCAACAAUAAUGGGUUUCCUCUGUUUCUUCUGAGCAAAGGCAUGGUGGAAUAAGAUAUGGUGGUGUUAGAAAUUAGAAUUACACACCGAUCAAGAAACCCAUCUGGGUUUUUUGCCAGCAGUCCUAGGGUUUUAUCAGGGUUGUGUUUUCUUGUCAUAAAAAUCGAAUCUUGAUUUGAUUUUUCAAGACAAGUACCUCAAAAAGAAGAAAAACUCAUCUUGGUUUUUGGCCAAUAGCCCUAGGGUUUAUGAGGGUUGUGCUAUUUCGGUCAUAAAAAUCGAAUCUUGAUUUGAGUUUUUAAGAUAAGUACCUCGAAAAGAAAAAAAGAAGAGAAGAACUCAUCUGGGUUCUUGGCCAAUUGCCCUAGGUUUUAUGAGGGUUGUGCUAUUUCAGUCAUAAAAAUCGAAUCUUGAUUUGAGUUUUUAAGACAAGUAUCUCGAAAAGAAAAAAAGAAGAAGAAGAACUCAUCUGGGUUUUUGGCCAAUAGCCCUAAGGGUUGUGCUAUUUCAGUUGUAAAAAUCGAAUCUUGAUUUGAGUCGUAAGACGAGGUAAAAAGCUAUAUAUCGGAAUAUCAAUGGCUUCUCCGGGUUUUUUCGUUAUGUGUGUGCUCCAUUCUUCGGUUGCGCUAACUUGUGGAGCACUAAUGAUGUUCUAUAGAGAUGAGAUGUUUGUGUUUAGCCAUGGUAGGGACCACGCUAGUAAGCUAUCCGGCUCCACGCCCCACGACCAGCUCUUGAUCCGAACAUCCGAUUCGUUUUCGGGUUUGCUUUUGUUCGCGGUUGGGUUUCUUUUGUUGAUGGUUGCAUUUGUGAAGGAUAGGGAGUUCCACAACUUCUUUGCUAGAGGGUGUGUGCUUCUCCACGUUGCAAUGGCAAUUUGGAGAAUUUACUUCGAGAGGAAGAUCGAAGUUCUUGGCCAUGAUUGGGUGAGAUUGGUUUUGGGUGACAUUGUCUUGGGGCUUUCGUGGGUUUUCUUUCUCGUGUAUUCUUGGAGGGAGAAGUACGAUUAAAUUCGUUUACGGACAUCGAUUGUUUCUUUGUUUUCAAGAUUAUGUGAAAUGGGGUUUUGACAAGAAUCUAAAUACAGCUAUAAUUUGAUGAAAUCUUGCGUGUCUUUGUUGUACAAUGUUCUCUCCUUGUAAAUUUCAUGUAAAUUACCUUUGCUAUAAAAUUUCUUGGAAGAGCAACGAUUUUGUGCGUUUAUGUUUCACUUUUUCAUUCUCGUUAUUUUUGCUUAUGAUUUCACUUUCGUGUGGUGAUAUAAGAGUAGUCUUGAAGAUAAAAUAUCAUUUUGGAAUACACGUUUCAAUCGUGGAUGCGGGUUUUUGAGA